AUGUUUGCUACCGAUAGGAAAACUGACCGUGGCUGGAAUAAAAGAUCAUUGCAGGACAAAGAGAUAUUAGGCUCCCGGGAUUCACAUACGCAAACUGUUACAUGUGAGUAUCAUUGGAAUAACGGCCACCCGACUGGGGACUGUAGACAUCUGCGCGAGGAGGUGGUGACAUUGCUGAAAAAUGACCAUCUCAUAGAGUUCUUAAGAUACGGGUCUAAAAAUAACUAUGGACGCAACCGGGAUAACACAAAGCCCUCAAAGAUAGGAGAAGAUCCUCCUCGACUAGUGGUCAACAUGAUUUUUAGGAGGAACGAGAUUAAUGAUGUAACCUUUUCAGCAGCAAAAAAGACAAAGGUAUCGGUGACUCAUAGCAAGAGACUCCGGAAAGUCACCGAGGAUGAUAUCACCUUCACAGAGGAGGAAGCCAAUGGACUCCUCCUACCGCACAAUGAUGCCAUGGUAAUUUAUUCUAUUGUUUUAGAUGUUAAAAUUAAACGUGUUUUGGUGGACCUGGGAAGUUCAGCCAAUAUCAUUCAAUGGAGAGUGCUGGAGCAAGACAAGCUACCCGGAAGCAUUAUCCCGGCCAUAAAGCUCCUCGUCGGGUUCACUUAG